GUUUGGAGAAAAUUGCAUUGUUAGGCAUAGAAGAAAAUCCUCACAGCAGUUUCGGCGCACGACACACACUUUUUUAAGAAGAACGCGUAUACAUUUAUUUUCACAAUGUCACAUACCAUCCUGUUGGUUCAGCCCACCAAAAGGCCAGAGGGGAGGACAUAUGCGGACUACGAGUCUGUCAAUGAGUGCAUGGAAGGUGUAUGUAAAAUGUAUGAGGAGCAUCUGAAGAGGAUGAAUCCAAACAGUCCAUCAAUCACAUAUGACAUCAGUCAACUGUUUGAUUUCAUUGAUGAUCUGGCUGACCUCAGUUGUUUGGUGUACCGGGCGGACACGCAGACCUACCAGCCCUAUAACAAAGACUGGAUUAAAGAGAAGAUUUACGUGCUGCUGCGACGCCAAGCACAGCAGGCCGGGAAAUGAGGCUCUGCUCAUCCUGUCAUCAGGAUUGGAGAAAAAACAUGUCAAACUGCAGUGAGGAUCUGUUAAGGAGGCUAUAGACUUUGGCCUGUUGUGUGUUUUGUCAGUGAUUGUUGAGUUGUUGAAUUUGUAUCGUUCGAAGAGGGCUUUCAUUCGUUUUGUUGAAACAGGGAGUGUAUGUCUUUGCUUUAACAUUUUAUAUUUAACGAUCCCUGUGUACCAAUGGCCAAUUUUGCCGCUACAGUAAAUAAAUGAGUCUUUUUUGUCUUUA